AUGUGGAAGCAUAUAUCAAGUAACUACAACCCUGCCAUAUUGGAAGUUCAGAAGGCACUACAGCUGGCAACCUCUUCUGGAGCUAGCCUUGAACUUAUACAGACUUUACAGUCAGCUCUGGCUUUGGCAGACCAGCGAGAGGAAUUUGCUCAUACUUCAACAAGCAAACAAAGCCAGACCCUGAAGGAGAUUCAGGAGGAGACACUUUGGCAUGACUGGACAAAGGCUUAUGAAGAAGGGAAGACUGCGUGGCAGCUGCGUCCUGGCAUGUUGUCUGGACCACUCGAAGGCCAGUUUCUGAAGUCACUGGUCAGUAUGCAGAAAGCCAAACGGAUUUUGGAGAUUGGAAUGUUUACUGGUUAUGGUGCUCUUGCUAUGGCAGAAGCUCUUCCAGCUGAUGGAGAAGUGGUAACUGUUGAUAUGACAGAGUACUUGAAACCUCUGGUUACGAAUCUAAUCAAGUCUUCACCCCACCACAAGAAAAUCAAGAUUGUUAUUGGAAAAGCUAGAGAAGUUUUAUUAGAGAUGUCUCACCGCAAGGAGAAAUUUGACAUUAUCUUCCUGGAUGCUGACAAAUCAGAGUACACUGCAUAUUUCAAGAUUAUCUUUGAGGGUGGUUUGCUUGGCACAGGAGGGACUGUGCUUGUCGACAAUGCGUUCAGACGAGGAGAGGCGUACAUUCCUGCCCUUGGAGACACCCCCUCCAAACAAUUUGCUAAAUUUGUCUCCUCUGAUGCAUCCUUGCACAAGGUUUUAGUUCCCAUUCGAGAUGGUGUCCUGAUAAUCCGAAGACUCUCUGAUGUGGAGGGGAGUGUUGCCUGA